CUCUCUCUCUCUCUUAAAAGGUUCCUUCCCCAAGAAACCUUGCCUCGUCUCCCUCCUCAAAAACCCUUGCUGCGGAGAGGCCCCCUUUCCUCCCUCCCUCGCCAUUUCUGUCUCCGCUGCGGACGCCUCUGCGCGUGGGCAUCACCCCCAGCACCACGACCAUCAUCAUCCUUCCUCUCCACUAUCAUCAUCUUUCCUGUCUCCGUCUCUAGGGCAUCAUCCAGGUCGUAUCGCCUCGGUGAGCUUGGGAUCGCAUCAGAGAUGGCGGAUAACGCGCAGGUCCAGGCCCAGCUGAGCGCGAUCCUCGGCCCGGACCCAUCGGCCUUUGAAGCUCUCAUCUCCCAGCUAAUGGCUACAGGCAACGAGCAGCGUGCUCAGGCUGAAACCCUCUUCAACCUCUGCAAGCAGCACGACCCGGACAGCUUAGCCCUGAGGCUCACCCACCUCCUCCACUCCUGCCCCCAGUCUGAGCUUCGUGCCAUGGCAGCCAUCCUCCUCCGCAAGCAGAUCACCUCUCGAACCGGCGAUGACUCCUAUCUCUGGCCUCGCCUCUCCCCUCAGACCCAGGCCACCCUCAAGGCCCAGCUCCUAGUUUGCGUCCAACGGGAGGAUGCGAAGACCAUCAUAAAGAAGUUAUGUGAUACAGUUGCUGAGCUUGCUGCAGGGGUUCUUGCUGAAGGCCAGUGGCCGGAGCUUCUUCCAUUUAUGUUCCAGUGCGUGAGCUCUGAUUCCCCACGAUUGCGAGAGACCGCAUUGCUGAUGCUGGCACAGCUUGCUCAACUUGUAGCAGAUGCUCUUGUCCCCCAUCUUGACACCCUCCAUUCGGUGUUCCUUCGCUGCCUCUCCCCAUCAUCACCCACUGAUGUGCGUGUUGCAGCUCUUGCCGCCACCAUCAAUUUUGUCCAGGCCCUUGACUCGGCGCCUGACCGUGAGCGCUUCCAAGACCUUUUGCCACUGAUGAUGCAGACACUCACUGAGGCGCUCAAUCGGGGCGAGGAGGCAACCGCCCAGGAGGCCCUUGAGAUGCUUGUGGAGCUAGCAGGGACUGAACCAAGAUUCUUGCGACGUCAGCUCCCAGAUGUUGUUGGCAGCAUGCUUCAGAUUGCCGAGGCUGAUAGGCUUGAAGAGGGAACACGGCACCUUGCAAUUGAAUUUGUUAUUACUCUUGCUGAAGCUCGCGAGCGUGCCCCUGGCAUGAUGCGCAAGUUGCCGCAAUUUGUUGGCCGGCUAUUUGCAGUGCUUAUGCGGAUGCUGUUGGAUAUCGAGGAUGACCCUGCUUGGUACACUGCUGAUAGUGAGGAUGAGGAUGCGGGCGAGUCAAGCAAUUAUAGUGUGGGGCAGGAGUGCCUUGAUCGUCUUGCCAUUUCACUUGGUGGAAACACAAUUGUUCCCGUUGCCUCUGAGCUGCUGCCUGCCUACCUGGCUGCCCCUGAGUGGCAGAAGCACCAUGCUGCCCAAAUCACUCUUGCGCAGAUUGCUGAAGGAUGCUCAAAGGUGAUGCUGAAGAAUUUGGAGCAAGUGGUUACGAUGGUUUUGAACUCGUUCCAGGAUCCUCAUCCUCGAGUGCGUUGGGCUGCCAUUAAUGCAAUUGGGCAGCUAUCAACAGAUCUGGGUCCUGAUCUGCAGGUCCGGUACCAUCAGCGUGUCUUGCCUGCAUUGGCUUCAGCCAUGGAUGAUUUCCAGAAUCCCCGGGUUCAGGCACAUGCUGCUUCCGCUGUUCUCAACUUCAGUGAGAACUGUACCCCUGAUAUUUUGACACCUUACUUGGAUGGAAUCGUCAGCAAAUUGCUUGUACUUCUACAGAAUGGGAAGCAAAUGGUUCAAGAAGGAGCUUUGACAGCUUUAGCUUCUGUUGCAGAUUCAUCUCAGGAACACUUCCAGAAAUAUUAUGAUGCUGUCAUGCCUUAUCUCAAAGCCAUCUUGGUGAAUGCAACUGACAAAUCAAACCGCAUGCUUCGUGCCAAGUCCAUGGAGUGUAUAAGUUUGGUUGGAAUGGCUGUGGGUAAGGAAAAGUUCAGGGAUGACGCUAAACAGGUUAUGGAAGUGCUUAUGACUCUUCAAGGAAGCCAGAUGGAGGCUGAUGAUCCAACUAUAAGCUACAUGCUACAAGCAUGGGCUAGACUCUGCAAGUGUCUUGGCCAAGAUUUCCUGCCUUACAUGAAUGUUGUGAUGCCUCCUCUGCUUCAGUCUGCUCAGCUGAAACCAGAUGUGACCAUUACCUCUGCAGAUUCAGAUGAUGAUAUUGACGAGUCAGAUGAUGAGAGUAUCGAAACCAUCACCCUUGGGGAUAAAAAAAUUGGGAUCAAGACAAGUGUUCUGGAAGAGAAAGCAACAGCAUGUAACAUGCUUUGUUGCUAUGCAGAUGAGUUGAAAGAGGGUUUCUACCCAUGGAUUGAUCAGGUCGCCCCUACAUUAGUUCCACUUUUGAAAUUUUAUUUCCAUGAAGAAGUCAGGAAGGCUGCUGUUUCAGCCAUGCCGGAGCUAUUACGUUCAGCAAAAUUGGCUGUGGAGAAAGGUCAAUCACAAGGUCGUGAUGAGUCUUAUGUGAAACAGUUAUCUGACUACAUCAUUCCUGCCUUGAUUGAAGCUCUGCAUAAGGAGCCUGAAACAGAAAUUUGUGCCAGCAUGUUGGAUGCUUUGAAUCAAUGCCUACAGGUUUCUGGGCCACUAUUGGAUCAAGGUCAGGUAAAGUGCAUAGUGGAUGAGAUAAAACAAGUGAUUACUGCAAGCUCAACUAGGAAGAAGGAAAGAGCAGAAAGGACCAAAGCAGAGGACUUUGAUGCUGAGGAAGGAGAGUUACUUAUCGAAGAAAAUGAGCAAGAAGAGGAAGUAUUUGAUCAAGUUGGAGAUCUCUUGGGGACAUUGAUCAAAACAUUUAAGGCUUCUUUCUUACCAUUCUUUGAUGAGCUGUCUUCUUAUAUCACACCUAUGUGGGGUAAGGAUAAAACUGCAGAAGAGAGAAGGAUUGCCAUUUGUAUUUUUGAUGAUGUUGCGGAACAAUGUCGGGAAUCUGCUCUCAAAUAUUAUGACACUUUUCUGCCCUUUUUGUUGGACGCGUGCAAUGAUGUCAACCCAGAUGUUCGGCAGGCUGCUGUUUAUGGAAUUGGCGUGUGUGCUGAAUUUGGUGGUUCCAAGUUUAAGCCUUUAGUGGGAGAGGCCCUUUCCAGGCUAAAUGUUGUGAUUCGGCAUCCUAAUGCACUUGACUUGGAUAGUGUUAUGGCUUCUGACAAUGCUGUCUCUGCUCUAGGAAAGAUAUGCCAGUUCCAUCGUGAUAGUAUUGAUGCAGCUCAGGUAAUUCCUGCUUGGCUGAGUUGCUUGCCCAUAAAAGGAGAUUUGAUUGAGGCUAAAAUUGUACACGAUCAACUUUGUUCUAUGGUGGAAAGGUCGGAUAUGGAGCUUUUGGGGCCUAAUAAUCAAUUCUUGCCUAAAAUCGUUUCAGUGUUUGCAGAGGUUCUCUGUGCCGGCAAGGAUCUGGCCACAGAACAAACUGCAAGCCGUAUGAUAAAUCUUCUGAGACAGCUUCAGCAGACGUUGCCACCCUCUGCCCUCGCUUCAACCUGGUCUUCAUUACAACCCCAGCAGCAGCUUGCCCUGCAAUCGAUUCUUUCUUCAUAACUUGAGAAACAAUGAGGAUGCUUUGCAUCUCUUUGUGUGGUCGGUUAUUUGUCUUGUGAUGUGAGCUUAUCAUUCUUUUUCUAAGUUAUCUCUGUUCUUGUCAUGGUUCUAAGUCGCGGUUAUUCUUAUUCUUCUGUUGAGGUGAAAGGCAGUGCGGAACUGGUGGGUGAUCUGUAUGAGUGUGUAUUAUAACAUGCAUAUAUUUGUCUUCUUUUAUUGCCGAGAGAGAGAGAGAGAGAGAGAGAGAGAGAGAGAGAGAGAUUUGAGGUUUGCCGUGAUCGUGUGCAGAAAUUGCGAUGUCAAGGCAAUUCUUGUAGCAGUUUUGGUGCUUGGUUUUUUUGUAAGAUGACAAACCUUGAGAUUACAUAUUGAGAUGCUUGGUUUCGGUCAUGUUCA